AUGGCUUCGGCGUUUCGAGAAGACACAUCACACUAUGAGCCCAGCAGCCCUACCACCUCUAUACAUGGCGGUAGGGGUGAGGGUGGUGAAGGGACUACGAAUGCUGCGGGAAGGCAGAGCGACGAGACUUCUUCGGCUGAUCAUGUUACGGAAAAGACACCAGUUGCCGCGCCUCUUACGAAGAAACAGAAGUUCAAGCGCCAUUGUGGACGAUUCUGGUGGUGGUAUCUUAUAGGACUCAUCAUUUUCCUCGCUAUAUUCUUACCAAUCCUGUUUUUGGUGAUCAUUCCAGCUAUAGUACAGCGCAUAUUAGACAACCAGACCAUGCCUGUAACUGGCGGUGCAUUCGUGGCUUUGACACCGCAAAAACUCAAUGUAUCUAUCACAACGUUGCUCGACACGCCUCUGCCAGCAGAUAUAGACCCGGUAACUUUGCUCAUAUAUAAUCAUGGGACACCCACGUUUUCACCAUUCGUCAACAUCACUCUACCGCCACUUCACAUAGAUGGGGAAACAGAAAUAGUUCUUACCGAUCAGACAGUCACAAUAACUAACGAAACUGAACUUAUUUCGUGGUUCGGUAAUGUCUUUGACCAGCCGAAGGUCACUUUAUCCACUCGUGGUGAUGCCAAAAUCCAUUUGGGGGCGCUUCAUUCAAAUGGGCAUAUAGAUAAGACCGUUGAAGUAGACUCCUUGAACAAACUUAGUGGAUUCGCGAUCGAGCAUAUGCAGCUUCUCUACCCAGCUCUAGAUAACGGGACCAACAUCCAGGGUACUCUUAACCUACCAAACUGGGGCGCGCUCACUCUUGGCAUUGGUAACUUGUCACUUAAUUUGAUGGUUGACGACCUCCGAAUUGGUCUAAUUACCAUUUACGAAGUACUUCUCCCUCCAGGGAAUAACUCGAGAUACUUCAACGGCGAACUAUACCUAGACGUGCUCAUGCAGAACAUCGGGACGAUACUUUCCGCCCAGUCGGACGCGCUGAACGAUGGGAACAUCCAGAUUGACGCGGUAGGGAACGCGACCGUUGUCAAUGGUCAGCACAUCAGGUUCAUCGAGGCAGUCCUCAACCAUAGACGCGUGACGUCUACAAUCCCGGUUACGAAGUUAAUGGGCGACCUCGUCAGCAGCUUCACCAACGGUAGUCAAGUCAACAUACCUGACCUACUGGAUGAUGUAUUCGGUAACUCAACACUUAUUCAAGAAGCCCUGAGCCACUGGAACACGACGGAUAACGAUAAAGGGGCGAAGCUGAAGAGAUCUUUACCUUCUGUUCAACGAGGGGUAUUUGGGUCAAGCGCAUUAACGUUACUCAGGCUGGGUAUGAAGAUGAGGAUGGGCAAGUAUUGA